AUGUUGAAGUUUAACUACCAAACCAUGGUGAAAGAGUUCAAGAAUCCCAAAUUUCCUAUGCACCUCUAUCGCCUUAAAGGUUUUGAAGAACUCAAAACAAAGCAAACUGUUGAUGAGAAGGAACUAUUUGAUGUUAUAGGUAGGGUUGUCGAAUUCCAUGUUCCACAGGAUAAAGUAAUUAAUGGAAAAAACUCUAGGCUCAUUGAUUUCAUCAUUGAGGAUGCCGAUGGUAAUCGAUUAACAUGCACCAUGUGGGAUGAUCAUGUGGCUAAGAUUGAGCCAUACUACAACUGCUGCCCUAAAGAACCAUUGGUGGUUUUAAUCCAAUUUUGUAGGGCUAGGCUUUGCCUAAACAGUGGAGAGGUCAAAGUCUGCUCUUCUUAUGAUGUCACUCAGAUUCUCUUCAAUGAAAAAAAUCCAGUGUUUCAGGCAUUUAAAGACAGUCUAAACAUUGACCAGACUCCUAUGAAGAGCAUUCUGUCCCAAUCCAGUUUUAAUCCUACCAGUUCUUAUUCAAUUUCACAUGAACCAGAGAUGCAACUUUGUACCAUUUCCCAAAUUUAUCAACUAAAGGAGUAUGGGGAUUUCUGGGUAGCAGCAAGAGUGGUUUUCAUAGACAGUGGCAAAGAGUGGUUCUGUGCUUCAUGCAGAACAAAGGGAUGUAACAGAAAGUUAUCUGACAAAGAGGGUACCAUGUAUUGUUUAACCUGUAAUAAAACUUGGGCUGAGGGUGUUUUAAGAUACAUAGUUAAAAUUAGGGUGGCAGACUUGAAUGGAAAUGCACCUUUCUUGCUUUGGGACCGUGAAUGUUGUGAACUUUUAGGAAUGAGUGCUUAUGAUUUGGAUGCAAAGCAGAACAAGGAUAAGAAUGGGGUGCCUAAAGAGUUGCAGUCCUUGGUUGGCCUUAAUCUUAUCUUCCGAAUUGCUGUUCGCAAGGAACAAUUUCAGAAUAUGCUAAACGCAUUUCCAAUAAUGCGUAUUUUAAAUGACAAUGACUUAAUUGAAGAAUAUGCUCCAGAGUUAAUGCAUGGUAGGGACAAAGAUUUAUCCUCAAAACUUGAGUUAGAGCUGACAGAAGAAGAUCUCUGGGAUGAUGAGGAUUUUGAUGAUGUGAAUGAGGCAGAAAGUCCUUUGCAAGUGGUCCCAAACAGACUUGAUAAGGAUUUAGCAGACAAUGCAACAGUUAAGAGAGCUCUCAUUGAUGCGUUUUCAAGUACUCAAAGCUCAAAAAAGACAAAGGAGUAUGCUGUUAAGCUUGAGAAGCUGAAAGAAUUAUGA